CUAACGGGUCUGUGGAUGCAGGUUCAAUUCCAAUAUACCGAUACUACCGGAAACGGAAAACCUUGGGCAGGCUGGAGAUUGGACGCGGAGCCGGAAGCGGAAGUUGGAAAUUGCUUUUGGUGGAUCCCGGCAUGGCCGAGGUCGUGGCUGUCGCAACCGAAUCCCAUGCAGGAGGAGGCAGGGCGCGGGCGGCGCGCACUGUGCUAGACCAGGUGGUGCUCCCGGGUGAGGAACUGCUGCUGCCGGAGCAGGAGGACGAAGAAGGUCUGGGUGGUGCCGGGGAGCGACCCCUGCGCCUAAAUGCGGGAGUGCGCUCCCGGGUGCGUGUAGUGUGCGGCCCCGGCUUGCGGCGCAGUGGCGACCGCCUCCUGGUCACCAAGUGCGGCCGUCUCCGUUAUAAGGAGCCCGGCGGCGGCGGCAGCAGCGGUGGCGUUUACUGGGUGGACUCGCAGCAGAAACGGGUGAGUUUGGACUCUGGAGAGGUGAGGGACUGUGAACAAAUGGAACGAGACCAGAGAAGGGCGGCCAGGAGAGAAAGGAGACUGGAAAUCUUGGCGUAUAAGAGAUUCCCUCUAAAGGGGAUGCAGAGGUGGGCACAAGACUACGGUGGCUCUAGACCAGCAUUAACAGAAGGGUCCAGGGCCCCAUCCCUGCCUCUUCCCAGAGCGGGGUUAUCACUUUCAAGGCCGUACCACCUCUCCAGAGUCCAAACUCACCCGUUUCUGCUGCGAGUCCACCCAGUAAACGCCACCGCUGCUGCCGCCGCCGCCGGGCUCCUUAUAACGGAGACGGCCGCACUUGGUGACCAGGAGGCGGUCGCCACUGCGCCGCGCAGCGGUCGCUCCCCGGCACCACCCAGACCUUCUUCGUCCUCCUGCUCCGGCAGCAGCAGUUCCUCACCCGGGAGCACCACCUGGUCUAGCACAGUGCGCGCCGCCCGCGCCCUGCCUCCUCCUGCAUGGGAUUCGGUUGGAGAUCUCAUCUAUGGCCAAUUUGUGGUUGCUAAUAAAGAUAUGGAACCAGAGAUGGUCUGUAUUGACAGCUGUGGACGAGCCAAUGGAAUGGGUGUGAUUGGACAGGAUGGUCUGCUUUUUAAAGUGACUUUAGGCUUAAUUAGAAAGCUGCUGGCUCCAGACUGUGAAAUUCUACAGGAAGUGGGAAAACUCUACCCACUGGAGAUAGUAUUUGGAAUGAAUGGAAGAAUAUGGGUUAAGGCAAAAACCAUUCAGCAGACCUUAAUUUUGGCAAACAUUUUAGAAGCUUGUGAACAUAUGACAUCAGAUCAAAGAAAACAAAUCUUCUCCAGACUGGCAGAAAGUUAGAUGGAAUUUUUUAUGGGUCAGUUGACCUAAGAGACUAUGGGUUUCAUAGAGAAAAUUUUUUUCAGGUGAACCUCUCUCCCCAUUAAACCUUCAGAAGGCAAAAUGUGAAUAUACACAUUGUCUUAUUAAAGCCCUAAAUAAAAUAUUUUUAUAAAUAUGUUACUAGUUGCCACCCAUGUUCUUAUGGGUGAGAAAAGUUAUUAUAAAAUUGUGAUGUAUUUUUUUCUUUACAAUAAAGUUUACUAAAAGUA